UGAAAUAAUUUUACUGAAACUAGGGCAAGAUCAACGAUAAAUCAACAUUAAGUUGUAAAAAAUACAAAAGAAACGCCUUUCAAAAUUCUAGGUUCAUUUUCAUUCAGCCUCUUCGUCAUCUAUGUUACUGUCACUGUCAAAGUAGUCAAAAAAUCUAAAAGUCAAAACCAGCCAAAAUAUCAGCUGUAAAAAUAUAAAUAAAAGAAAAUAAUGAAAACUUAAUUGUCAAUUCCCAAAAAUAAUAAGAAAAUGUACAAUAAGAUUAUAUUUUUUUACAAUAAUGAUGUACAUAAAUCAGUGAUGUUGAGUUGAAGAAGUUUAUUACUCUUUAUUUUUGUUAUUGUUAUAUAAGUUUCAAUAAUUUACAUUAUUUUAUUAGAUAGAUGAUAUAAUUUUAUGAAAAUGUGUACAAUACCACCCCCGCCUCCACCACCAACACUACCCAACAUCAAUUCUCCGACAAAUGUGCAGAAAAAUGGGCAAAUAAACGAACCGAGCUUUGAUCCAGAAAUAUGUACUUGGGCCUCUGAGCACCCGGAAUUGAGAGAAGCUUGUUUUAAAAACAGGAUCUGUUAUGAGAAACCACCUUUCGCGUAUAAGUAUAGAUAUUUUGAGUCUAUAAUGCAGAUAGGUCCGACUUGUGGCUUAGUUGCUUUGUCAAUGGCAGUGAAUGGAGAGGCAUCACCGGACGAACUGUUAAGUAUCGCGAAAUUAGAAGGUUAUACAAGUAACGGAGAGAUGUUCAGCUGCAAGAAUAUGGUGAAACUGACUGAGAAAGCGUUCAGUUUAGCAGAAAUAGAGGGAGUUUCCUGUACAUUAAAUAAGGGUGGUCUGUAUAGCUCGGAGACUAUAGAGAGACUUCUCAAUGGUGCUGUUCUUUUAGUUCCAUAUGACGCUGACUGCAAUCACUCACCAUGUCUAAAGAAUGGUCACACAGCUCAUUGGGCGAUAGUAUGCGGCAUUAUCAUCGUAAACCACCCUGGAGAAGACUACAUCAGUGAUCAGAAAAAUAUCUAUGUACUAUGCAGACAUGGCAAAUCCAAAUAUCUAUCAGCCUGGAACUUAUAUGAUCUUGCACAGAGUAACAAUAAUCUUUACGAGUUUUCCCCCAAAAAGGGGGCUGAUGGCUUAGUCUAUGUCCUCCCUGAGGGCGGUAUAGGAGGGGAGAAUGGAUUGAGGGACCAAUUUUUAAUAUUUGAAGGUUACUAAAUAUGUUAGAAUAAGCACAAAUGUUUGAAGCAUGUCUCCUUCCUGACUAUUUUCUUGAUCACAUCCAUAAUAAAAGAUUCUUAUUGCACAAAAUCUACACCUGGAUACUAAAUGCAAGAUUUAAUAUAAUUAAAUAUUUCAAUUCUGUGUCAGUCACCAGUGUAUGUUAGCAGAGGAUUUGCAAUUUAAUUUUAUUGAAAUACUCAAUUCUAUUUAGCACCUGCGACACAGGGUGUUUAAUUAAGACUUUUCUAUGCAAUAAUAAUUUUGUUACUUUUAAUUCAGUCUUGUAUCUUCAAAAAAGCUUUUCUUUUGACAACAAUAUCUUUUAAGUAAUUUAUAAUUAAUAUUAAGUCAUAUUAUGACAACUAUGAGUCUACUACGGCCUAAUGGAAGCUUUGAUGGUGAAUGUCCACUCAUUUUAUUUAAGUUAAUUAUUUAUAAUUUUGAUAUUUUAUUAUUAUUCUGUUGUAUAUUUGUUCAAGGGAUUGUUGUACUGUUACAAGUGUGUGAUCUAUAAAAACAUAAUAUAUGUGAUUAGGUAUACAUAUUAAUAUGUAUUAAUAAAAAUUGUGUAGUUACCAAAAGGACAUUAUUAUGUCGUAUUUAUUUAUUUACGUCUAAACUAUUGUUGAUUUAAACAAAUUGUUAAUAAAUCAAAUAAAUUAAUUUAUUAAAAAAGAAA